AUUUAACAACGCCUGAGUGCACAAUAAGCAGUUGUUCAUUCAAAAUUUCUAAUUAGUUUCAGUUUACCGGUAGUGAAGUAUUUUCCAUCCAUUGAUGAAACAUUUCGUAACGAUACUGUAGAUGCAAGUCAAUAAAAUGGGUGAGAAUAAAGUAGAGAUUACGAGUUGUCGUCCAUUGUACCAUGUCAAUUUUGAACAAGUUAACCGCCAGUUUGACCAACGUUGUCCGUCCGUACGAAUCGGAAGAUACCGUUUAUAAUUUGCAAAAUUACUACGGCGAAGUAUUACUAUCGGAUUACAUAUGGAAGAGCUGCUAUCAUCGAAAACGGUUCGGCCUUUACGAAAAAUUUACCGUCAACAACGGCUACGUGAAUUACUAUCACACGUACAACGACCGCGGCGAUGCCAUUCAUUAUCAGAAAUAUUUUUCUUAUCUGGAGUUCAUCGUAUGUCAAACGUACGCGAAAGACAAGACACAGCAAAAAAAUCUACCACCCCACACGACACUUCAAAGGCACGUGAAAGCCAACAGGAACGUUCACAUACCAAGAUUUUAUUUCCCCGGAGGAAAGCCGUUGCCAUUGUCGCAGCUGGAAGCAACCAUCGCCAGAAUCACCGCAGCUUUUCAGGCUCUGCCGGAUCAUCUUGCUUCCCGUGCCGAAUUUCACGCGAUCACCAAGGCAUGCGACCUACCCCUUUACUGGAAGGUGCCACUCUUUCUCGCGGCUGGAGGCGACCAGAUCGGAUACGUCGAGAUGAACGCCUUCCUUGACUUCUGGAGAGAGAUAUCGAACACCUACCACGACGCAGCGAGCAAGUUUAUCAGAAUCACAACCCGAGGCCUCAGGAACAAUAUACUCCCCGAGGAUUUAAUCCCACUGGUGCAAGACGUGGUCGAGACUCAUCCAGGUUUAACUUUCCUGAAAGAGGCUACUGAGUUCCAUUCACGCUACGUACACACGGUGAUCGCCAGGAUAUUUUACUGCGUGAACAGAAGCUGGAGCGGAAGGAUCUCCGUGGCCGAACUGAGAAGAAGCAACUUGUUGUCGGUGAUCGCGAUCCUCGAGCACGAGGAAGACAUCAAUCAGGUUACCGCGUACUUUAGCUACGAACACUUCUACGUGAUAUACUGCAAAUUCUGGGAGCUCGAUCGGGAUCACGAUCUCUUCAUCGAUAAGACGGACCUCACGAAGCACAACGAUCACGCCUUGUCGAAGCGUAUGAUCGCAAGAAUAUUCAGCGGCGCCGUGACAAGGGGCGGCAUGAAAAGUGGCAACGGCGUUCAACAACCCCAGGACAAGAUGAGCUACACGGAGUUUGUGUGGUUCUUGUUGAGCGAAGAGGACAAAAACCAUCCGACCGCGAUAGAAUACUGGUUCAGGUGCAUGGACCUCGACGGGGACGGUUACCUAUCCAUGUACGAACUGGAAUACUUUUACGAGGAACAAUUGCAUCGCAUGGAAGCGAUUGGACUGGAAACGUUGCCUUUCGAGGACUGCCUUUGUCAGAUGUUGGACAUGAUCAAGCCAUCUACGCCAGGAAAGAUAUCUCUGAGCGAUCUGAAGAAAUGCAAGAUGACUUCGAUCUUCUUCGACACCUUCUUUAACCUAGAGAAGUAUCUGGAUCAUGAGCAGAGAGAUCCGUUCGCGUCAGCCAGAGAGCACGAUCCCGAUGGCCACGAACUGUCUGAUUGGGACCGAUUCGCAGCCGAGGAGUACGAGAUGCUGGUCGCCGAAGAAAGUGGUAACGAACAAAACGAUCAGAUGUCGUACGAUUCCAUACCGGAGGACAUAUUUUCUCAAAACCUGGACAUCUUGGACGGUGAAUCGGUAGACAUGCUGGAGAGUGCAGACAUCCAGUCUCAAGGAUACCCUGACGGUCUGUCGACGGUCAAUUCGGCGGAGUCCAUUCGUCAACAGUCCAAGAAUCAAUACUAUGACAGCGGUGACAGCGACGACUACGCUGAGAGCGAUAAUUAAUGGGUACUCUCGUUUGAAAACCCGAGGAUAGCUUCAAUGGAACAGUGGGAAGCUGAAUCGAACGAUGAUAGAACGUCGAUAGAAAAGAGUUUAAUACAGCGAUAGAGGGCUCAACGUCAUCGAGCGAUACACCAAAAAGUGGAGCGAGUUUCAUCUUUCUUGAGAUCAAGAGUUUAGACUUAAAAGUAUAGUUGUCCUUCGUACAAUAAAGUGUCGUGUAACAUUGUCUUCGCGAAUGACCGUGUCAAAGAUGGUGAAACAAUUCCUCCGUAUAUCUAUGAAUCAUUUCGCGUGGUCCUAUAGCCCGUGAAUGGGAUACGAAUCCGUUUGGUGAUCAUGACCGGAUCACCAUUAGGAAGUACAAAGGUAUCGUGGGCGUUCAAACGGCUUCGAGGACGUUUCUCUGGGACAAUUGGAUGUUCUCCAAGGACUUGAUGUUUCUAUGGAUAGGGUUCGUCAGCAGCAUUGUUCCGAGGAGAAGCGUUCAGUGAUCCCUUAAAAUAAAAGAAGAAGAUCCCGAAUCGAUCCGUAACUGCGAACAAUCGGUCGCGGAGAAUCAAGCCACUAGGUCGACUAUGUGAUAAGUGUCGUUGUUCAACCUAUAUACGAUCUAUACAUAUUGUGUACUUCACGUUGUAAAUAGACAGCAAAUCUCGGACCCUUAUUUUUACUUAACGUAAGAGCCACUUUAAAUGCGGGUCUUUCAAUUGCUGCAGCCAUUUCUAAGGGACUCCGGAUCGUAGAUCUGAGAAUCGCCUCUAAGAAAGAGGAUUGGAUGCUCUCGGUUCUCCAUCUUUCGUGUAUUCGCGCGUACCUUUUUCUAGCCCAAAGGUAGUUAUUUUUUAGAGAACAAAAAAUGAAGACAGAAUUCCUGCAAACACAGUCCAGUAUCUUGAUAGUGUGUGUAUAUGUGUGUAUGUGUGUGUGUGUGUGUGUCUGUGUGUGUGUGAGAGAGAGAGAGAGAGAAAAUGCACAUGUUCGAGGCUGCAACAACUGAAAAUUGCGCGUGAGAAGUUAUGCAUCGUCAUCAUCAGGGAACCUCUUGCCCUCUAUAAUCGUCUUGUAAGCUAUAGUAUUACACCGCGGCCGUAUUGCACGCACGAAACUGUUCGAGGAUCGUAUCGAGUAAAACGUAUCCGUCUAACGGGGUCAGAACGAGCUCAGUUGGCCGCUUGAGGUCACCAACAAAUGAUUACUGCUAUCCCUGCAAACAUAUACCACCUGUUGCUUUAAUUCAAGGUCUCCGCAUGCAAAGAUUAUUAGAUCACUGGUCGAGAGUGAUGAUAAUAUUAAUACCAUUAAGUUAGAAUAUUCUAUUAUCAGUCAUUUUUAGUUAAAAUGAUCUCAAGCGGUUGGUUGAUUUUGUCCAAACUAUAACGACCUCAUAGGCAACACUCGUAUAUCGACGUCCUCUUUUUCUGAUGUUGCAAAGUAUGUAGUUGUAGGGGUUUCGCCGGCCGUUUCGUUUCGACGAGUUUGGACAUGGUUAACGAAACGAUAAUCAAGCCAAAGAUAUGACACGUUCUGUUGUGUAAGCAGGGAAGGUAUAUAAGAGAAGCGUUCGGAGGAACUUCUAAGCGCUUGUUCUUUCGCAUUCGACCACGUUCUUUUAAUUCCAAACACGAGACUGAGAAGAAAUUCUCUUCGGUCUUCUUCUCCCUCGAAUCUCUUAUUGGAUAUCGAGAGAAUAAGGUUCUUCGUAAGUUACGUUGAAAUUUCUUUAGCGUGCUUUCCUUAAAAGAAUUAUACAUUUUGUUAGCACCGAUGGAGUUAAUUACUUAGAUAAAAUGAAAGAGACGUUGUUAAGAAAUUUGUUGAAAAUUAUUGAUAUUAUGAAAACACUCGUUUAUAAAUUGAUGUUACGUUUAGAUUCUUUUUUGUGACGAGAGGAGGGAAACGCCAUAAAGAAUAAUCGUUGUAUACGACGAUACGAAAAUGCGCUUCAAGAUUUUAUUGAGAACACGUGCCGCCUCGACGAAAAGGGCUGUUACACGCAGUUCGACUUAAUGACUAAUGACUUUAAUUAACGACAGAAGACCAAGUUGUACCCUGUUAUUUCAACAGUCUCUUGGCACUCCUUAAUUGUUACUGUUAUAAAUUGAUUGCUGGCGAGAUUUUAUUUCUGCGUGAAUAUCUAUGUCUUGUUAUUAUAAUUGAAUAAUAAUUCGCUCGAACGAUUAAACGAUAAUCAUUAUUUCUCAUUGCGAAAUGUACUUUAGAAAAAGUACCAGAGUACAAUAGCAUCAGUUGAUCUGUCUGGAGCCGCCAAGACUGCUGGAAUGUGUACAUAUUACUUUCUUCUCCAAGAGAUAUAAUUUUAAACUGCGUAUAUGAUAUUACUCUAGUCGAAAUGUGUGCUAUAAUUCACGUAACGAACGACCACGAGACGGCGAGUUUAUUUUAGAUCUGUUUCGUGUUGUUUGUUAGUUAACGAAGGUGAAUUGCGAGCAACGAGAUGGUAGGUGAGGAAAAUUCCUUGUCGUAAAGGAAUAUUUAAUUCUGGAACAUAAAUGUUGACAAUGUAAGGUUAAAAUAGGAAAUGUUUACAAAUGGUUCGAGUAGUCCAACUGAUGAAACGUUUUCAUAGAAAUCUGAAUAUUUCCCUGUUACAUACGUAUACUUGUGUAAAUUACUACUGACACAGGACUGCGCAGAAUUUUCAUUCAAAUUUUGUAUCUAGAUAUGAGAAUUUUGCCUUCCUCUUACAGCAUACAUAUCGAGUACGUAAAAGAAGAAUGGAAGAAGCACGUAAGCAUAUUGUGAAAACAGAUGUCGACGAAAAGGUGUUCCGGAAUCAAAUAUUUACUCUAAGACGGUGCUCAGGGCCGAUACUUGGAAGACACAUAGACACAUAGACAUUGUUCUUGUUAUUGUUUGCAUACCUAUUCAGUUAAUUACGUGAGCUGUUGUUUUCUCAACCACUUUAAUAUCACUCAGCGAGGACUUGUGUUCGCCAAGUGUCGGUACCAACAAGGAAAACACGCGAUGCUCCUUUACGUUGACGAAUUUAUCCCUUCAAUUACCACAGAAAACAAUGAGAGAACUGACGAUCUUGCAAAAUGUGUAGAAUCGAAUUUGUGAGUUUCAUUGUAACGUUUCUACUGAGAAGGUUGACGAAUCUUUUAUUUGGUGGACUAAAACUGCGAACGAGAAUUAAGCACGAAGACUUGGAGGAAAAAUUUCUAAGAAAUACUUUGUUUCGUCCUUAAUUACAAUUUAUAAUGUCUAAGAAAAUUGAGAUAUAUUGGAAAACAAUCGUAGGUCUCCAAAUGAGAGACCGUUGACAGUUCAAGGUGGGUAUUUAAUUUCUCUACUGCAUUCUCCGCGGUUGUUGGGGAAUCACUUUUUCGCGAGUGAUCGCUUUUGUUGACUGUCCAAAGAUGUAAAACUAUUAACACUAUACAGUUGUAUCUUUUAUAUAGCUCGUUAUGAUUUUUUACUAUAUACAUAUGUAUAUGUAUAUAUAUGUGCAUAUCUCUUCGUAGUUUAUAUCAUGAAUACAUUGUAACUUGCUUGCGUUCGACUUUCCAUUGAACGAAGUUUUGAAACAUAUGGAAAAAGAGACGAGAAUAGGACACGUCUGGUUAUUUGUCCUUGCAUUUGGCCAUGUUUUCGAUUGUUAUAUAUUUAUUCAUUAUUCUAUGAUAGGUUUAUCAUUGUUCUAGCGAAUCUGUUUGCGUGACAUCUGAAUGCGAGCGUCGUGUCGUCACGAUUUCGUGUCUUUUCCUCCAAGGUGGAAUGAAUUAUUCUUUCAUGGGGGACAACUACUAACGAUGUCAAGAUAUCGAAUUCGUGGCUUGAAAUUUGCACACGCCUGCUUAGUCGGUCUUGGUUAAUAGACUCACGUUCACCAUUUACCUACAUUUUUAUUUAUAUAUUUUAUCUGUGCAUGAGUAGACGAAUAAGGUAAUUUUGCAAGUUAAUAAAAACGAAUGGUAAAAGA